AAUUAUCCCUCUAAAAAUCUUAUUUUUGAGUAUAAUGACUUAAUGAGACUAUGGUACCCCAAACAUAAAACAAUUUCAUAGAUCAACAACACACAAAUGAUCCAACUCCAUUAAUUUCCGUACACGCAACGGCGAUUUUCCCAUAAAACGAAACUCAAAAUAUUUUGUUUAAUUUAAGAUCUCGAAGGGCCCAAAUGUGUAAAAUAAUACUUACAUCAUUACACUAACAUGGGCUUCUAAAAUCAAAUCGGGUUAAGAAACCGGAAAAGUUAUAACCCGACCCGGGAUUUUGACACCGAGACAGGGGAAAGGAGGAAGAGUCUACGCUAACGAACUUUAGACGAAUCGAAACAUUUUUUGUUUCGUCUCUGAAAAAAAUUUGAAUCUCCAGAGUUGUUUCCCGUUGUUAGAUUCAUCGAUUUCGAAAGAAUUGAUCUUGAUCGUGUUUCUCCGACGGAUUCUCCGGCUAUAUCAGUCGACUGAGAAGAAAAGGUUUUUUUCUUCUGUGGUGGUGAAAUCGGAGAAUCGCAGCAUAGGAAAGCGAUGAUAACAAGAUCGAAUCUAGCAGAGCAGCUGAGGGAAUAUCAGAUUCGAUCUAAGCAUGAUUGGGCUUCUGUCUCUUUCUUCUCGUCGACCUCGAGUUUUUCUUCUUCCUCUAGGGUGGAUGUUGUAGUCUUUGUCAUCUGGGAGCUAGUCAUCUUAGCAUUCUUUGUGUUUUCAGCGGUUUCCUUGUACUUCAAGCGGUUACAACUCGCAUUCAUCUUGAUAUGUGUCACGUUGAUGCUACUAAUUUGCAUGAAGGUCACAAAGCAAGUGAGGUUAGCCAGAAAGAAGAAGCGAAGGAUGCUUCUUCCGCUAUCUAUGUAAAGUUGCAACAUCACCAUCCCCAUAUGAGAAGUUGCAAUCUUUUUCUCUUACUUAGCCACAAAACUCACCUCCUGGUUCUCCGUGCUGAUCCAGUUACGCGUUUAAUGGAUGAAGAUGACAGUUAUGCUCACGGCACGGGUAGAGUGAGGCCAGGGUGGCUGAGCCGGGCGAUUUCAGGAUUUUAGAUUUAGAAUCAGACAAUCAUUUUUCUGAUUAGCAUUAGGCUGCAAUCUGGUUUUGUUCAGAGAAAAAAUACAUGUGUUCGAAAGAGUUGUGUUUCAUGUGUAAUUGUGGUUGUGAAUUUCAGACGGUUUAGGGUAAACGAAUGAGAAAAAUAAUAUUGAAGCUUGCAUUAUUUCUAGAAUGUCUCGAAGAUUAGUUUGUAAUUUGUCUGAUUUCGGCUUCUACUUGGUUUAUUCUGAAACAAUAAAACCAAUCCUUUUACAUAA